UGUCCCUUUAACAUAGCAGAUCACCGAUCAACGGAAAGAGCCGAAGAUGUCGGCUCGGUCAUGUGACCAGCUGUGUCCAAUCACAGCUGAAGGGGACAUCUACCCUGAUGAUCUGUGUAGCCCCAGCAGUGCCACCUGUCAGUGUCCAUCAGUGCACAUCAAUGCCACAUAUCAGUGCCCAUCUGAGCUGCCUUUCAGUGUUACCUAUCAGUGCCGGUCAGUGCCACCUAUCAAUGCCAAUCAGUGUCACCUAACAGUGCUGCCAAUAAGUGCCACAUAUCAGUGCUAGUCAGUGCCGCCUAUCAGUAUGCAUCAGUGCCGCCUAUCAGUGCAGCUUAACAGUGUCGGUCAGUACCACCUAACAGUG